AUGGCAUUACGGGCAAGCGAAGAGCAUCUCCAUCGACAUCACUCUUCUUGCAAUGAAGUAUUUACCUCCUACCCCUUCUUAGGACUAGCAACUGCAGACAGACCAGGAAUGGCAUGCCUAAAUGGCUUUGUCAGGCACCAGGGAAAAGUACACUGUCGCCUUCACUGUCCAAUAAAAGGUCGUCACAAGAGGGGUGCUCCACAAUAUUAUCCUGCUCGACUGAAACCCAAUGGAUAUACAGUUGAAGGAUGUGAUCAUGAUGAUGUUAAUCUCAAGAAUCUUUUGCGUGAUUUCACUUCAGAGGAAUCUUCCAUGCAAUACAAAAUAAAUUUAUUGCAUGUUGAACAAUCCAGAAAUCUGGCAGAAUCACUAGUGGCUACCACUUUUUAUCAUAUAACCUAG